UUCCAGCUGGAGGUGGGGACGCGCAGGCAGCCUGACCCUCCCCUCCUCGGAUCUGUCAUCAGCCACGGAAAAAUCCUUCCCUUCCCCAAGUUGCUCAGCCCGAGUCCUGCAGGGCUCGCCGGGGCGGCAGCAUGGGGGAGCAGCCCUGCCCGACGCCUGCCGGCCCCCCUGGGCAGGACGGGGGUCCUGGGGCCAGCCCCGCGCCCCCAAUGCACCCCCGGGACAAGUGGAGCAAAAAAAUGGAUUUCUUCCUCUCGGUCGUUGGAUUUGCCGUCGAUCUGGGCAACGUGUGGCGGUUCCCUUACAUCUGCUACCAGAACGGAGGGGGCGCCUUCCUCAUCCCCUACACGCUGAUGGCUGUUUUCGGAGGGGUGCCCCUCUUCUACAUGGAGCUGGCCCUGGGGCAGUUCCACAGGACGGGCGCCAUCCCCAUCUGGAAGCGGAUCUGCCCCAUCUUCAAAGGCAUCGGCUUUGCCAUCUGCAUCAUUGGGCUCUACGUCUCCUUCUACUACAACACCAUCAUCGCCUGGGCUCUCUACUACUUCUACUCGUCCUUCUCGGGCACCCUGCCCUGGGCGAGCUGCGACAACCCCUGGAACACCCCCAACUGCACCAACUACUUCGGGAGGAGCAACGUGACCUGGACCAACUUCUCCAGGUCCCCCGCCGAGGAGUUUUAUACGAGGAAGGUCCUGGAGCUCCAGAAGUCCGGCGGUCUGUACGAUGUGGGGGGGAUCCGCUGGCAGCUGCUCCUCUGCCUCUUCCUCAUCUUCACCAUCGUCUACUUCAGCCUGUGGAAAGGAGUGAAAACCUCCGGCAAGGUGGUGUGGGUGACGGCCACGCUGCCCUACCUCGUCCUCCUCGUCCUGCUGGUCCGCGGGGCCACGCUGCCCGGCGCCUGGAGAGGGGUGCUCUUCUACCUGCGCCCGGACUGGGGCAAGCUCCUGAGCACGGCGGUCUGGGUGGAUGCUGCUGCGCAGAUUUUCUUCUCCUUGGGCCCCGGAUUCGGUGUCCUUCUGGCUCUGGCCAGUUACAACCACUUCCACAACAACUGCUACCGGGACGCGCUCGUCACCAGCGCGGUGAACUGCCUCACCAGCUUCCUCUCGGGCUUCGUCAUCUUCACCGUGCUGGGCUACAUGGCCGAGAUGAGGGACGUGGAGGUGGAGGACGUAGCCAGAGACAAAGGUCCCAGCCUGCUCUUCAUCACCUACCCUGAAGCCAUCGCCAACAUGGUGGGCUCCACCUUCUUCGCCGUCAUCUUCUUCCUGAUGAUGAUAACGCUGGGGCUGGACAGCACGUUUGGGGGCCUGGAGGCAGUGAUCACGGCCGUGAUGGACGAGUACCCCCAGGUCCUGGCCAAGCGCAGGGAGCUCUUUGUCCUCGGGCUCAUCACAGUCUGCUUCCUGGGCUCCCUGAGCACCCUCACCUACGGCGGCGCCUACGUGGUGAAGCUGCUGGAGGAGUUUGGCGCCGGCUGCUCGAUCCUGGCGGUGGUGCUGCUGGAAACAAUAGCCGUGUCCUGGUUUUAUGGGAUCCAGAGGUUCUCCCACGACGUGAAAGCCAUGCUGGGCUUCGCCCCGGGGCUGUUCUGGAAGGUGUGCUGGGCUGCCAUCAGCCCGGCCUUGCUGGCGUUCAUCGUUGUCAGCUCCCUGCUGGAGCAGCCUCCCCUGGUGCUCUUUGGCUACCAGUACCCGGCGUGGAGCACCUCGGUGGGGCACCUCGUAGGAGCGUCCUCCUUCGUCUGCAUCCCCGUCUACAUGGUGUACAAGCUGGUCUGGACGCCGGGGUCUCUCAAGCAGGUCAGAGCUACAUCAGCGUGGCCCUGGAGGCAGGACACUGUCCCCAGCUGUCACCCCUCCACCCAUUUGUGGGACACCCCCAGCCUGGGGCCGUGGGGGGCAGGCAGGGAGCAAAAAUGGGGAGCACCGGCUCCCGCUGUGCAGGGCAGGAGGUCCUGCUGCGGGAAGGAAACCCGUGCCCUUUUCUCUGCCCACUUUCACCCUGCAGCGCCUCGCCGUCUGCGUUCGGCCGGAGAAGACGACACGAGACGCCCAGGCCGAGGCGGUGCGCAUGUCACCGGUCCCAUAACCUGGUGGCACGAGCAGGGGACACAGAGGCUGCUCCUCGGCUCCAGCUCCGUGCAACAAAGCGGCCGGGCAGACAGAAGAGAAGCCGCCGUCGCCGUCCUCGCAGCAAACCGGCCCCGUGCCUGCCCCCGGCUGUAUGACCUCUGGAGCUAGCGCAGCGUGGCGGGCGCUCCGCUGCUGCCCGUUGUGUCUGUCCCCUUCCAAAGAGAAAAGAAAGCCCCGGCUGUGAGCGAGGCUGCGUGGUUUUGGGGUCCGUGGGGUCCGUUCCUUCCCCAACCUCCAUUUUGGGGGUAAACCGCGGCUUCCUGUGGUGCAGCGCUGCUCAUGGCUGACAAUGCACCUGCUCCCGGUCAGAUCCCUCAGUGAGACCCCUUGCUUGGACCCCUCGGUCAGCCCCCUCGCUGGGACCCCAGGCUCCCUGCAGCACCCCAGGACCCCACCACACGCCGUGGGUUAACAGCAGUGGUACCGGUGGGGCCGCCUGGCUCUGCCCUGGCCACCAGCCCCCAGGCCUCAGCCCCCGCUGCUCUGGGCACCCUUCGGAGGCUUCUGGUGCCCGUGUCCGACCCAGGCAGGGAGAAGGAGC